GUUUUUCUCCAUUCACCCUCCUCCUUCCACAGUCUGAGCACACACAUAUACAACCACCCGCAGUUAGUUUGACUGCCAUCGGCUUGGUGCACCACGGUUCCGUUUCUUUUUCCUAGUGUAAAACCGCUGUAAAUGACAGUGCGGCACUGCAUUGGAGGCUCUGACUUAAAAGGGUUCAUACAUUUACACCUGGAUACGGUUGCUCUCAGGACGACAGGGUGGAGACAUCAGGACUGAGUCAGACGUAUAGGCACCUAUAGGGUCAACCUCUACUGUUUCAAGUGGAUUCGGACUUGACACAAGCCUGUCCUGUUCUGAGAGGGGAGAGAAGCAGGUGACAUGACUGGAGCUGGGGCUGAGGAUGACAUCCCAUUGGGUGAAAGGAAGACGGUCACAGACUUCUGCUACCUGCUGGACAAGUCCAAACAACUCUUCAAUGGUCUAAGAGAUCUUCCUCAGUACGGACACAAGCAGUGGCAGUCCUACUUCGGCCGCACCUUUGACGUCUACACCAAGUUGUGGAAGUUUCAGCAGCAGCACAGGCAGGUCCUGGACAAUCGGUAUGGCCUGAAGAGAUGGCAGAUAGGGGAGGUGGCGUCCAAAAUAGGCCAGCUGUACUACCACUACUAUCUUCGUACCUCAGAAACAAGUUACCUGAAUGAGGCCUUCUCGUUCUACUCGGCCAUCCGUCAGCGGUCCUACUACUAUCAGGUCAACAAAGAGGAUAGGCCUGAGUUGGUAGUGAAGAAGCUCCGGUAUUAUGCCCGCUACAUAGUAGUCUGUUUACUUCUGAACAAGAUGGACCUAGUGAAGGUGCUGGUCAAGGAGCUGUCAGAGGAAAUCGAGGACUAUACACAGCGCUUCAACACAGAAGAUCAGUUAGAAUGGAAUCUUGUCUUACAAGAGGUGGCAGCUUUUGUGGAGGCAGACCCAGUGGUGGUGCUGAACGAUGAAAACACUGUGGUCUUCACAUCCAAUCGGCUACAGGAGGGGGGCGUGCCUCAGUUGGAACAGGGAAUGGUAGUUGGCCAGCUUACCCUGGCAGAUGCACUGAUCAUUGGAAACUGCAACAACCAGGUAAAAUUCAGUGAGCUAACCAUCGAUAUGUUCCGCAUACUCCAAGCUUUGGAGCGGGAACCAGUCAACCUGGCUACUACAACUUCUAAACCUGGAACAUUGGCCCUUACCCCAUGUCUUCCUUCACAGGAACCCAGCGAGAAGCCAGCCAAGAGAGAGAACCCUCACAAGUACCUGCUGUACAAGCCAACGUUCAGCCAGCUCUACACCUUCUUGUCUGCCUCCUUUAAGGAGUUGCCAGCGAACAGUGUGCUGCUCGUCUAUCUUUCAGCUACUGGAGUCUUCCCUACCGGACGCUUGGAUUAUGAGGGACCAUAUGACUUUGGAGGAGUUCUCACCAACACAAACCGUGAUGUGGUGAACGGGGAGACUGUACAGAAAAGGAACCAAGCCCAAAAAGAGAUGCACUGCCUUCACCCUGGGGACUUGUUCCCUUUCACCCGGAAGCCUCUCUUUGUCAUUGUGGACUCUUCCAACAGCACAGCCUAUAAGAAUUUCACCAAUCUCUUUGGUCAGCCGCUGGUGUGCCUGCUAUCUCCCACAGUCUAUCCAAAGAGCAUGCAAGACCAGUCUCAGCGCGGCAGCCUCUUCACACUCUUCCUGUACUGCCCCCUUCUGGCCUUCUUGUCAGUGUGUGGCCUGAGCAGCCUGCGCCAAGGAUUGUGGGAGAAGGCCGAGGAGUUUCUACACAAGGUGUACCGUGACAUCGGCCAGAUGAUUACACGCUCACAAGCUAUAGACCAAGCCUUUCUACAGUUCUACGGUGAUGAGUUCCUCCGAUUGUUACUGAUCCGCUUUGUGUUUUGCUCGGCUACACUGAGACUGCACAAGCUCUUCCGGGAGUCCAGGAGCUUCCCGGAAUCGUACCCUCAGCUACCCAAACAGGACACGGUGGAGAGCAGCCUCCUGCAGAAGCACGUUCUGGAGCUGGCCGCCAUGUUGGAUGUGCGGAGCCUCUUUUGGGACGGAACGCUGGACGUGAACUACUAACCUUCAGCUGCCCAGCUAGUCACCACCACUAUACAAACGCAGACCACCGCUAUACACAUUCGCACAAGGGAGAGUCCUCAUCUUUGAGGUAAUUAAGUUACUGUUUGAACACACUGCAAUAGUGUCUGUUUCUUUUUAACCCAAGAUCCCCUUAUUUCCCCUACCUAAUUUACUUUACCCUAUCGGCUAUACUUAUUUUAAGUACAUUCAUACAGCUACUUGUGGAAGUCAACUAUGUACAAUGCAAACAUGAACAAGUUACCUAGCUACUUAUAUCCACAUGAGCUGAGCAUGUACUGCUGUGUUGUUACUAUAAAAAAAAGCACUCAAAUGAACACAUGGUGCAGCUAUUUUAGUCUGAGGGUGGCAGGAGGACACGUGAAGCUAUCGAUGGCUUUAACACUUAAAAAGACAGAAAAUAAAUUAACAUAGUUUUACGACAGCACUGCCUGCAAUGGGUUCUAAAUGGAUGCUUCCAGCUAUCUGAACGGCAAAUGAACUUCAAUGCAAGCUGUAGGGAAGUCUCCUCUACUGUGCAUGGGUAGAUGUGUUGGCCAAGUUUACUGGAUGUAGGGUUUAGAGUGAGACUAACCUCCAUAUUUGUUUACCCAAAUAGAUCUGCUGGUUUUAACACAUCUAAUUCUAAUGUAAUUGCCUGGAAGUUGCUUUUUUUUGUUUCGUUUCAGUAGUCUGUUCUGUAAAACUGAGGCCUGGAUGGGUAAAGUAACAGAGUGCCUGCCUAUGCAGACCUUCAUGAACAGUUUAGCCCUGUUCAGAAACAACCACUUUCUCCUACCCUCUAGGCACCAGCUCUGACCCGUUUAGAUACCAGCUCCUAACAUCUAGGUACUAACAUCUAGGUACUAACAUCUAGGUACUAACAUCUAGGUACUAACAUCUAGGUACUAACAUACGGUGGCGGUGUCAGCGGCUCUGAAUGAUCUGCAAACAUAUCCGCUCAUUUAGUGCAGUGACUGAGCAAGCGGGAAGUCGCUAAUCUAUUUUCACUGUCUAUUACUCCUUGUAUCAGAGCAAGUUUUCGGACUGGGUUUACCGCGGGUAUAUGUGUAAGCACCCUGCAGGUACACAGCUGCCCAGCCCCUCACUGGCCAAAUAGAUAAAUAGACACAUCUCUCCCAAUCUUCUGCUUUUUCAAAGAAAUCACUUGAGGAACCAGGGUAACACUCCUUCUAGGGUGGAUCUUUUAAAAGAUUUAGCUUUGACCUUGAUUGGCAGCAUAUCAUUGGCUGCAUAUCUUUUGAGACAUUGUAGGGAUGGAAAAGGCCUCUAUGCUGUAGCCUAUAUGUUUUGGGGGUUGCAUCCCAUGGCAAUUAUAGUCUUACGUAUUCUCUACUUAACCGGCUUUCUCCUGACCAGUUCUUUCAGACCAGUGGGGAUUAAGGAAAUUAGGUAAACGGGGUAGAUUCUGAGAUUCACCCCUCCUGAUUGAACAACUAUUGGUUUCUGGAAAUGUAGGACUUUGAGAGGCCCUGUGUCAUUCAUUAUAACUAAGCCCCCAUAAUGGCAUUCCUCUGUCUUAGGCAUGAUGGUUUACUGGAGAGAGCUCAUGCUGCUGUUUCUCUUUCUUUGCAUGUCUUAUCAGUAUUCUUGUCCAUAGAGUUUACUCUGUCGCGUUCAUGUUAGUCUGUUUGCAGGUCAGUUCCAGCGUUAGCCGUCUAGUGAGUGCCCUGCAUGGCAGCAAGCGUCAUCUAAUUUCCUUAUAUUGAUGGGGGCUUGAAGCAAUGGAACCGGGUAGUGCUGAAACUGACUCCUGGCAACCAUUUUUAAGUACAUGUGUGUGGUGAUGAACAAAAAUAGCCAAAUCAUUUUGUUUUUUGUAUUUACUGAGAGAGAAAAAAUGAAUUUCAAAAGUAAGAAAUCACAAUUUUAAAUGUAUAUUUAUGUUUAAUUGAAAAUAACAGUAUGUGAUACAGAGAGAUGUUUGGUCUUUAGUACGUAUGUUGAAUUGUUAAUUGUAGAAGCUGUGAAAAAUAUAUGCAGUUGGCACAGCAAUUUUAAUGAAUGAACUGCACAUUGUUCCCCCCCACCCCCCCAUCAGUUGUUUUGGUCAAAUUCAGCCAGCAUACAUUCCAAGGACAUGGAGAGAGUCGGGGAAACUGACACGGUUCUCCCCAUUGAAACAAACAAAAGUGGACCAUUUCAACAUGGGAAAUACUACUCCCCAUGGCAAUUAUAAUCAUAUUUGGUUUAUUUGUUGACAAUGAUAAUAUGAUUAAUAAUGAUGAUAAAAACAAUAGUAGCCUUGCACUUUACUGUAUUGAAUUAUGACCUAAUCUUAUUUGUCGUGCUGUCAGUAUAAAGGCAUGCCAGAGAACGUCCAAUCCAUUAUUCCCUAUGCCACCCCACGAUCAUUGUAAUACACAUUUAGAUAUUUGAUGUUUUUGUCAAUGACAAUGGACAAGAACACUGUCCAUAUUUUUUGUAAAAACCUUAAUUGUUGUGAUAUAUGAUGUUAUCUGUGUUAUUUCAUUAGAGCAUGCAUGUCUGUCCAUGUUUGGGAUGACAGCACAGGGCAUGAUCAUUCAGAUCACACAAGACUAGCAUCCUAGCUCACUGGGAAGCACAAGCUAGUGCAACGAGCUACACUACCGUAGCUCAUCUUCUCUUCACUUAGGGGACCCACUUUCAUAGAAAUGUAUAUCUACAAAGCCUCUGUGGACUGUUUCAUUUAAACUGCCUUUUGGUUUUAUCCAGUUUUUUUUCUUCAAGCACAUCAUGACCGCGGCGUCACAGUCCAAUUUUUAAUUGCCACCAUUUUUAUGGACCACUCCAAUUUCCAUAAGAGUUAUCACUGCCAAAACAAGUUGACUGAUGAGCUUUCAGGGGAAGGCCAUGAAGAAUUACUGUCCAGUUGAGCAUAUCACCCAUGUUUUCUUGGACUAUCCUUGAUUCAUGAAUUUACAAACAUGACGAAGUCCUCAAGGGAAGAGGAAAAGACGGAGCACCCAUACUUAACUAAACCUGAUUCAAAAAGGUUGACGCAUUGUGACCGUGUCAUAUCAUACACUGUGAAUUGUAUGCAGUAAAACCAUUUUGGGACAUGUUUUCCUGCUUUGUCUUUGGGCCUUUGUUUACAGCCCGUUGUAAUCUCGUGGUGACUUUACUCUCCUCCAUGUAGUGUGUUAUUGUGCAUUGUAGUUAGGAGCAAGAGGGGAACAAAAAGCACUCAUAUUCUUAUAGAAAAGUGUCAAAGCUUCCUAACUGAAGUGAAGCUGCCCCUUUACCGUGUAUCCCCAACCCAAAAUAGGUCUUACUAGUGAGGAUAGUACAGUAUAUGUAAAGUACAUAUGAUAUUUAUGCAUAAUGACAAAGCCCUAGACACCAUUUUAUUUAUGUUAUAAUACUUGUAAAUUGUGACAGGAUGUGGCUGACCUCUUUCCCCUGUUGGCAUGUAGUUGAAGCCCCUAAUAGGGUGAAAUGUUGAGAAACAAAGGAAUGUCCAUUCUAUAAAUUACGUAUCUAUUAUUUGAAAGUCAUGUCAAUUCUGUGCAAUACAUUUCUAUCUGCAAUGCUUUGAACGUUUCGCACCAUUUGGAUAAGCCCUAGAUGAGUAACACAAUGAUAUGGAACAAAAAUAUAUUUAAGUAUGAACAUUCAUUUCUUGGGCCUAAAUCUAAAAUGUUACUUUGAGAGUAAGGGUGUUCUUUCUACCGGUUCCUACUGUUGUGGGAGGGAACGAUUUCAAAGUGAUAUAUUGGUCGGAAUACUCUUUCUUUAUAAGUUAAGGGUUUCUAGAGAUGCUAGUUAAACAUUAUUUGGCAUUCUUUGUUUAUAUCCUUUAAACGGUUCUGUCCCAUUUGUUGCCAAUUAUAUUUGAUGUUAAGUAUGAAGGAAAAAUAAGUUGACCAAAACAUGCAAGCUUUUUUGAAUGCUUUAACAAAAUUAAAAGUUUGACUGUUUUGUUUUAA